UCGUCAGACACAAAAAUAAACGUCACUUCCGUUUUUGGCUUCCAAACAGAAAGGGGAUUUUUCGAAAUCUAUGAACUUACAAAGUUCGAUUGUUUUUACAUCUUUCGAUGGAGUCAGAAGUGGUUUCUGGUCAAUUUAAAAAAGUGUCUUUACCAGAGACUCAGCUGGACUUCUUCGGUCAGCCGUACUCCGUGUCCGUGCUUAAAGUCGGCUACUGUUCUCCUCAGACCGACGGGACAUUCAAAGCCGACGGGACCAUCACCCUUCUAACGGGACCCAGGACUGUUCUCGUUGACACAGGAGGACCGUGGGACCGGGACUUUCUUCUUAAGUGCUUGAAAGAGAGAGGUUUGGAACCAAGACACAUUGACGUUGUAGUGGGGACUCAUGGACAUUCAGACCACGUUGGAAAUCUGAAUCUUUUUUCAGCAGCGGUGAUGAUUGUGGGAUAUGAUGUCAGUGAAGGAGACACAUACCGUCCCAACAAGCUGGCAGAAGGACACAUUUACUCGAUUGAUGAGCAUGUGUCUGUAGUUCCCACUCCAGGCCACACAGGACAAGACGUCAGUGUCCAAGUAAAGGGAACAUCAGCGGGCACUGUGCUUGUUGCAGGGGACUUAUUUGAAUGCUGCUCAGAUGAAAACAGUUGGCGGGAUCUGAGUAUGAACAUUGCAUUACAGGAAGUUAGCCGCCAGAAGGCGCUAUGUAGUGCAGACGUCAUCAUCCCUGGGCAUGGGCUCCCAUUCAGAGUCCUCAGGAACUAAUCACUUGGACAUGAAGACUGGGUUAUGUAAGAAAAUGGCAAUUCAUUUUCCAGCCUAAGUGAACACGUCAUACAAUGUUGUCAUACUGAGAAUUUUAUCAGUGCCUUUCCAGUCAUACAGGGUGAUCACAUUGAGUAGCACACACCUUAAUCAUUUGGUUACACAAGGUAUAACAGCUACACUUGUUAUACAUUUAAAAAUGUCAAAUUAUGUCUAAUGAGUAGCUUGUCAGUAUAACUCUUGGCUACCGGUAUUCACAUCUACAUAUAUGAAACAUGGUGGGGACUUGCAUCUCAGCCAAAACAGACUUUCAGUUUUCAGUUAUUCCAUGGAUCACCUGUGAAAUGUGUUAUCCAAGUUUAAAUGAAUUUCUCACCUCACCACAAAAGUUCAAAACAAAAUAGUGGAUUAUUUGAAAUAUAUAGAAAUUUAUGGUUUAGCAUCAGGCAACAUAUCAGAUUUACUUUAGGUUAUGGUUUUAGGAUGUUCAGUGCUGGUUUAUUUCUUAAAGACAUAUGUAAACCAGGGGAUAUUCUUACAAAGUGAUGCAAACUUUGAACAUCAACUUGAACCCUGAGUUAAUGUCAGUGUGUUGUGAUAGCUGACAGACUUCUUUAUGUUCAGAAAGUAAAAUGUGCUUACAUGUUCUUAAAACUUUACAAAAUCACUCGUAAUUUUCAGCUCCUUUAUUUAUUGUGGAAGAUAAUUUGCAGUGUAAAUGCUUGAAAACUCGUGACGUUAUAUUGUGAUAUCUGUGCUGGAAAUAAACAUGAUCGUCAGCUGCU